UCUCCUUCAUUCUUCUUUGUUCGCUGGAAUGAUUGGAGCUGCAUCACAUAGUGUCUCCUGGAUUAUUCAAGCGCUUUGCAUUUGAUAUUCUUUUCACUACUACUAAGUUUGAGAUGUGAUCCAAAUAUUUUCUUUCCAAAAACAGGUCGGGUACAAAGUGGGAACAAUAUGUCUUCGAGGCCUUUUAAGCAUCGAGUUCCUUGGAUAUGCAAAUAUCUAUCAAAAUUCACCACCAGUUAUCAACACAUAUCCAUCGCAACUACGACUAUCAAUUCGAUAAGAGUUUCAGUUGAUAGCAUACUUCAUCACUUUCAAGAUGCCACCACAGUUAACACGAGUGAGUGUCGAUUCUCUUCCAGCGGAUCAACGCACAUGCCCCAUUUGUCAAGAAACCCUUGGUGGACGUGAAGGCGGAGAACCAGUCAAAACAGAAUGCAAUCACUAUUUCGAUCGUAACUGUAUUCAACAGUGGCUUGAUGGAGAUAAGUCAACCUGUCCCGUCUGUCGCAAAGAAAUUCGUAAUACAGGAGGUGGCUUGUCUGAUCGUCUCAGAAACAUCAACAGGAGUGUCCAUCGUGCUAGAGAAAGAGCUAUCGAAGAAAGGGAACAGAUGGCACAGGCUCAAGCAGAUUAUGGCGGUGCUAAUGAUUAUCCUAGUUCUGAUGCUAACGGUGGUGAUUCGGAUGAUGAGCCUCAUUUGUGGAUGGAGUAUGAACCAAUGUCCCCAUCUUCGCCUGGAAACUUCAAUACUCCAAGGCCGGCGCCAAGAAACGACCCACCACCACCACCGAGAAGAAGCUAUUCAACCCCACCCCGCCGAAACUAUUCCCCGCCAAGGCAACGUUACCAGGAAUCUCGACCUUCCAUCUCAGACUCUAACAUGGAACGCGUAGUCAACAACUACUCCUCCACACUCAACUACAUCGAGCGCCUCGACCACAACAUCAUAUCGCAAGCUCAGCGAUCCUACCACGCCAACGAACGACACCACGCUGCCGAACGCCAAAUCCAAGCCGCUUUCACACAACUCCGAGCAGCAGCUGAAUCCAGAGAUUUCUAUGCUAUAGAACAUGCGCUUGUGAUGCAAGAUUCCGUAACGCCUUUAUUGAAUGAAGCGUAUGCAGUGCUUCAGAGGGAAGGUUUACCGCUUGUGGAAAUGAUUGAGCAGAGGGAGCGGGCGGAUGAGAGGUUAACGCGUGCGAGGGAGGAUUUUGCGGCGGUGAGAGAUCGGUUUAUGAUGAGGGUUAGGGAUGCGGUGGAUGUAGGUCGGAGGGGAGGCGGUGGGGCAAGAGAAAUGGGAAGAGAAAGAGCGAGACGGCCAGAAAGAAGACAGGAGUACUGGCAGAAGAAUGAUGAUGAAGAUGAAUGGGAACCUUAUGAUCCUGCGGCUUGGCAGGGCAUUGAGUAGAUCUUAGGAUCUUGAAUAUAACUGUUGGGAAUGGUGUAUACCGAAACAUUCUGAUCAACGGA